UUUUCUUAUUUUUAUUUAUUAUAUAUAUAUAUAUAUUGUUGUUAAUUGCGCAUAGUUACGCUAAUAAGUGUCUGCGAAACUUCAACAGAGAGGCAGAACAGCCGGAACAAGAUGUUUUGAUAGAGGAACGUUAUUUGUGAGUUGAGCAAUGAAACAGCAAAAAAUUGAAAGAAUUUAGAAUUGAAAGCUACCUCAAAAUAACACCAUGAUUGGGCCCAGUUCACAAGUCAGCAAGAUACUGUUGACGCUGCUGUUUCUGUUGAUAAUCUUCUACAUUUUUAUGGAUGUGGAGCUAUAUCUGCGGAUUCACAACUAUGUUAUUGAACGGAAUUACCACACGAACACCUCAACAGUAGCCGCACCCUCGCCGCUAGCCCAGCUAGCACCACCAGCAGCAACAUCGGACCUCAGCAGCAGCAGCAGCAGCAGCAGCAGUACGAAACUUCCCACCGCUGAGAAGGAGCCGUCCUAUGAAGAUCACACAUGGAUAUCUUGUGAUAUAAACCCGCUCUGCCAUGUUACUGUCAAGGCCAUUUUGCUGGACCACACGAACCACUACCUUUUCGCGCCGCUCGCCACCAUGUUCGACAAUGUAAUUGGAUUCUCCCGCUCCACGUUCAUCACGCCCAAUAUGAUAUCAUUUUUCCACGUGGGUGUGGCAUGUUUGUCCGGCAAGCUGGUGGCGUCCGACAGCCUGGGAUACAGACGGCUCGGCGUGCUCCUCUUCCAGAUACGCACCUUCCUGGACGAUUUGGAUGGACAUGUGGCCCGCGUGAGGAAACAUAUUCGUGGGGAGCGCUCCGAAAUUGGCACGUCCGGCUACUAUGUGGACGGCCUGUGCGAUGGACUCGGCUGCAUUGCCCUACUGCUGGGCAUCUUCUUUUACCUGAAAAACAACCCGCCUCGACGGGGCUACUCGAUCAUACCAAUGAGUGACCCCAAAUCACCUGAGCCGACAAUGAUUCCAAAAAUGAAGGCAACCACACGAAAAGUGGCCAAAAAUGUGAUUAGCUUCACGGGCCAGCUCUUGCUCAGUUCGACUGCGUGGAAUCGCUAUAUAGCGGUCUACCAGAACAUGCUGGAGCGGGAAGAUGUGAGCAGCAGCCAGUACCUUUGCCAGAACUACGUAUUCAAGUCCACUUGGUUCUUCUGUGUGGCGUGGAUGUGGCGCAUUGUUAAUGUACACUCGCUGCUCCACCUUGUGCUGCUCAGCAUUUUUUGCGACAAGCUUUGGGACUUUUUGAGAACGAUACGUUAUAGCGGUUAUAUUAUAUUGUUGGUUGCAAUUUGCUUAACGGAAAUGCACAUAUUGGAGGCCCAGAACUACAUUUUUAAUUCGACAGCGUGCAGUAAUAUUUCACUGUGAUUUUAUUAAUAUUACGAGAAAAUACAAUAAUAUUUGUGUAGCGGAA